GACUAGCUGGCUGGCACCAAUAUCAAUUUGUUCUGUCAGGAUGCCUGCAAAAAACAGCUUACGUCACAGUCAUUACUGGCUCUAUAAAAGCUAGAGUAAUGCAGAUUCACUGUGCAGUCAACCCAGCUACUUUUCAAGACACAGAGCAGCCUCUCAAGUCAUGGCUUCUACUGGUUUUGACCCUUACUUCCCUUCUACCUACAAGAGAAGGGUCAUUUUGCGCAAUGCAGGAUAUGGAGCUGGUGGAGGAAUAGGAUCUAGGUCUGCCUUCUCCAGCCACUCUGCCCCAAUACCUGCCUAUGCAUUCUCACGUAGAAGUUAUCCAACACACACCCGAGCUACUUCCAGCUACUCCUCCGUGCUUUCUGCUCCAGUGUCUGCAGCUGCCACUGAGCUACGCCUUGACCAAGCAGCCCAGGUUAGCACUGAGUUCAAAACGUUAAGGACCCAGGAGAAGGCUCAGCUGCAGGAUCUGAAUGACCGUUUUGCAAGCUUCAUUGACCGGGUCCAUGAGCUGGAGCAGCAGAACAAGUUGCUGGAGACUGAACUUCUGCUGCUCAGGCAGAGGCAGGCAGAACCAUCCAACCUUCAGGCCCUGUAUGAGCAUGAGAUCCGGCAGCUCCGCGCUGCUGUUGAAGAGGCCCGCCAUGAGAAGCAAGCAGCCCAGAACCACAGGGAUGAGAUGGAUGACGUGCUAAGAAACCUGCAAAAACGCUAUGAGGAUGAAGUGCUUGUCAGAGCAGAAGCAGAGGGCAGGCUCAUUGAUACCAGAAAGGGAGCAGAUGAAGCUGCACUGGGCCAGGCUGAGCUUGAGAAAAGAGUUAGGAUCCUGCUGGAUGAGCUAGCCUUCCUGAAGUCCCUUUGUGAGAGUGAAAUUGCAGAGCUGCAGGCCCAAAUACAGUAUAGUGCAGAGGUGUCAGUGGAAAUGGAGGUUGCCAAACCUGACCUAUCUGCUGCUCUCCGUGACAUCCGAGCACAGUACGAGAACCUGGCACAACGUAACCUUCAGUCAGCUGAAGAAUGGUUCUGCAACAAGAUGAAUGUGAUGACAGCAGGCACUGCACUCAACACUGAGAGUGCAAAAAAUAUCAAAGAUGAGGCAGGAGAAUAUCGCCGGCUCCUCAAAGCCAAGAUGUUGGACAUUGAUGCCUUCCGUGACAUGAACCAAGCUUUGGAAAACCAACUACAGGAGAUGGAGGACAAACAAAGUGCUGAGAUCUCUGCACUGCAGGACACAAUAGGUCAACUGGAGGAGGAGUUGAGGGCAAACAAAAAUGACAUGGCUCGCUACUUGAAAGAUUAUCAGGACCUCUUGAAUGUGAAGAUGGCCUUAGAUAUUGAAAUUGCAGCCUACAGGAAGCUUCUUGAGGGAGAAGAGAGUCGUUUAAAUGUGGUUAGGCCAGGUUCUGUCAGUGUUUACUCCCAAGCCAUGUACACUGCUCCGCCCUAUGGAAGAACACAGGUCUCCAUGCAGUCUCAGCUGAGCGCUGCAGCACCGUACCUGCUGAGCUCUCGCUUGUAUGCUCCAUCACUCUCCACUGAGGAGACAAUAUCCGCAAGCCAAGCACAACAGGCAGAGGCCAGCCCUCCUCAAGAGGAGGGAGAGCAGGUGGAAGAGGAAGAAGAGGAGGAUCAGGGAGAAGAGGAGGAGGAUGAAGAGGAGCAGGGAGGAGAGAAGGAGGAGGAACAAGUAGAAGAGGGGGAGGGAGAGGAGAAGGAAGAGGUGGAAGAAACUGAGGGGGAAAAACAAGAAGAGGGAGAUGAAGAAGCAGAUGGAGGAGAGGGUGAAGCAGAAGCUGGAGAAAAAGAAGGUGAGGAUGAAGAAGAGAGCCAACCUCAAGAAGAGGACGAUGAAGAGGGUGAAAAGGGGGAGGAGAAAAAAGCUGAUGAAGAAGAGGAAGGAGAGGCAGAAAAGAAAACUGGAAAAACAUCAGAUAAAACUGUUUAAAUUUACAUGCUUUGAAAAUACCUGCUAGCUUGUAGCUAAAGGAUCUGCAAUGCUCUAUACACAGAGAUGUUUGUCAAACUAAUGAAAAUCUCUUGAAAUCAGAAGUGCUGGUGAACUUAUCCUUGUAUGAUCACUGUGACUCAUAGCAUGUACAUACAUGUGCAUGCUGUAACCGUAAAGAAAUUAAAAGAUUAAAAAGCUGCUCAAGUAUUUAACAAAGACAGGAUAUGUUCGGUGUCGAAAUUCUGGUUUGUGGAUAUUUGUUUGCAAACACCCAUGUUCUUUACUGCCACCAAAACAUGCCUAUAUGACCGUGUGUAUGUGCAAAAUGCCUUACUUCAAGUCCUCACUGGGUGCUUUAAGUCUAUGACAUGCUGCAUUGAACUCCAAUAAAGCCUUGAAGCCUUGUU